UAAUCAGAAGUAGAGAAAGACAGAGAUGAGACAGACAGAGUGGUGGGGAGGUGGGGGGUUACCCAGGUGAGGUAUAGGAUGGAUGUAAAAAAAAAGAAAGAAAAAGAAAAGAUCAUCACAUCAGAAUCAGAAUAAACAGAGGAAUGGAAUAUGGCACUGGUCUCUGGUGAAACCCUGUGAGCAGUUCUGAGGCGGGUUUCGAUGGGCAACAUUCCCAGCAACAGGUAACAAGUGCUGCUCAAGGUGAAGCAUCUACUUAAAUGUUUUCCCGGAAACCCAAUGUUCCAAAUGAUUAAAGCAACAAAGCUGAAUCAUUACAGCUAGUUUAAAAAACACUUCACUAAAAAUGUUUUGGUGCACCCUGACAUAGAUUGCUUUUUACCUUCAUGUUGCAGCUGUCGAGGGGUUUAUUCUAACAUCCUGGUUAUAUUUUAAUAAACAUUUAAAUGCUACAGACUAUAUUUUAAAGUCAGCAAAAGUUAUGUUUAAAUACAUUUCAUGGAUCAUCAAAUAUAGUUAUUUAAACAUAUGACAUACAUAAUAUCACAAAAUUUUCUAUUUCCAUACAUUUUCUCAUUUUUAAUUUAAAUAAAAGUGUUCUCUUUAUGUUGUAACAGAUUUGGUUUGGAAUCAGAAUGAGUUUACUGUAAUUACCUUACCUUACCUUCACACUGUGUUGAAAAGUGGUGGGGACAUUUGAGUGGGGACAUUAAACACUUAAUUUCCUGCAUUCUAAUGAGACAUUUUCUGCACCAAUUUAUGGAGGAAAUGUCUUUAUUUAUACGAAAUUAAGGUGGCAGGUGACAAUUCAGAAUGUAAAAAUAUAAUAUAAUAUAUUAUAGAUGUUUCUUCUACCCCGCGAGCCGACCCCGGAUAAGCGGAUGAAAAUGGAUGGAUGGAUGUUUCUUCUAUAUUUACAUUGCAUUGCAGGUUUUCUUAUUGUGCCAAUAAACCUUUCUUAUAGCAUUCAUUUGUUAAUUUACAUUUCUUUGUGCAAGUUUUGUUUUUAGAACAUUUUAAACCAAUGCAUUCUAAAAGUGAUGGGGACAUGUCCCCAUGCAUCCCCAGUGUAAAUGACACCUAUGCUUACCUUAAUUCUGAGUGAACAUUUUAAAGGCUGACAUUGUAACAAACAAGAUAAUUGUCAGUUCUGUGUGGGUUUCCAAAGAAAAAUUCCUGUGGUGAGAUAAAACUGUUAAUGAAUGACCACCUCACUUUGAAUGGUGAAAAUAACCUUUGCAUUAGGUGAGAAUGUGCUGCUAAAAGUCUGUGGCUCCACAAUUGUAAUGCAGCUUCAACAUUACAGACUUUGUCUUUUAGAAAUGCUCCUCAGUCUGGCUUAAGGUAGCCUUUCUUAUAGACUAUCAUAAACGAUCACAAAAGAUGCCCAAUUGCAAUAAUUUGAAAGCAGUAAGUUUUGACAAUUUUGUAUGUGUGUGCGCACACACACACUGGGGGUCGUGCCAACAUGGGAGGGACCGGACCGUCAAGUGGCCAGCUCUCGAGCCCACCCGCCCACCCGCCCACCGCGCGCCACUCCACACCGGCAGCAGCGCGUGAGGAUGAUGCCAGCCAGAGAUAGAUGGACAGAUGACGAGGGAGGGAAAAAACCUGCACAGUGACACAAGUAGAGUAAAGAGGAGGCGGUUGAUGAGUGAGAGCAGAACUGAGAGAGUUACGGAACAAAGGACAAAUAAAGAGGAAAGGGGAACUGGAAAUAUCCCGAUACGCGCUGCUGGCUGGUUUCUUUCUGCCCGCACCGAUGUCCGAGGCCCGCCCGGUGCCAGCUGAAGACAGUUGACCGAAGCAGAGCGCACAGGACCCGGCCACUGGAGUGGAAGGCUUCGGGGAGCGGACACCGCUGGAGCUCUUCUUCGUGACUGAGACCCUAUGCAAGAAAAUUGCAUCUCAUUCAUAUUACAUUUAAAGUGGAAGCAGCUGUGUCCUGUGAUAGACCGGUGACCUGAGUUGCUGUUCAGCGAUGGAUUCCCCCAGAGAUCUUUUCGAUGACUCUGCUCCCCAGAUACAUGCGUUCGCUCCCACUCACAGCUCUACAGGCCUCCCUGGAGUUCAUCCUCAACCCAGUGCAGGUCGCCCUCCUCCUGCCUUUAGACCACCCGGCUUCCCCCUCAUCCACCACCUUCUCCAGCCAGGUGGAGCGCCCAGGAGGAUUGGAGGGCAACUCAACACAAACCUGAGCACACACAGAAACCAGGAAGACAGAAGUUUGGAGGAUGACAGGGGAGAGAGGGAUGGACAGGUGGAGCAAGGGAUGGAAGGAGGAGAAGAGGAAGUGAUUGAGGGAGAGGAUGGCUUGUUGGGGGUUAAGAAGAGGCACAGUGAUGCCGUCCUCGCGGCCGAGUGGAGUCAAGACGUCUUGAAAGUGAAGAGGAUGAAGCUGGAGAGCCGACCAAGAGAUGGAGAGGCAGAGGAGGGAGACAGGAGGCGCGAGGGAGGGAGGGAGGGGAAGAGAAGAGAGAGGGAGGAGCUGAAGGAACAGCUGGAGGAGGCAAGAGAGAGACUGCAGGCCCUGCAGGAGAAAGUAUGGAGGGCUUUUGGGGAAAAGCACAUGGCGGAGGAAAAGAAGAAAAUGAGGCGCCGAAGCAGAGGAGAUGGAGGAGAAGGAGAUGUGGGGAUGGUGGAAGAGGAGGACCUCACAGAAGGGUUGUACAAUGAAGAGGACAUUGAUGGAGGAGAGAUGGAAAAGGAAACCUUCUCCCUUCUUUCUGUUUCCCCUUUUGACAACUUUCACAAACGAAGAGAAGAGAGGCAAAAAGACAGAGAAGGGAGGGCGGAGAGAGGAGGAGUAGGAGGGUUGCACUUGGAGGGCGUGAUGGAGGGAGCGGGGUUGUGGUUGGAUUGUGGGGGGCUCGUCAGAGGAGACUGGCAUGGAGGGAUUGAAGACGAGGGCGAGGAGGGAGGGCAGAAGUUUGCUCAGGCGCUGAAGCUGGAGUUGGGCAGCGCUGUGGCGCGAGUCAUCGACCGGGUUCUCCGCCUUUACACCGAGAUGACGGAUUUCACUCCUUCCUCCCCUCCUGCCGCCAUCUCUUUCCUCCCGUCUGACGUAGGAAACGAUGGAGGGAGGGAGCGGGCCGUGUGGAUGGGACUGCUAACGAGAGGAAGAGGGGAGGGAAAAACAGGAGGUAAGGAGGAAAAGACAGGGGCGCAGGAUGGAGAAAGGGAGAAGCAGCUCCAAAAAGUGAGCAACGGGAGCGCCCGGCCUCCAGGACAGCCUCAUCGCAGUGACCCAUCAGAUCUGACGAUGCCAUUGGCCUCUCAAAGGUCACCUGACAUACGGAAAGCUCACGCACUCAUUGGCCCACCUCUCUCUACUCACCUAAAUCCCUCUCAUCCGAACAUCUCCCUCCAUCACCCUUCUCUAUCUCGCCCUCCCCCUCUUUCUCACCCUCCUCUCUUGCCUCCAGCCUCGCAACCCAAGGACCCCUCUGCCUCCUCCUUUCAUCCAUCCUCAUCCUCCUCUUCUUCUUCCUCAUCUUCCUUUCCUGCGCCUCCCCCUCCCCCUCCUCCUCCUCCCCCUCUCCCCCUCCCCCUCCUUCACUACUCCAUGCAGCAGCUCUUCUCGCGCUCUCUUCACCACCCUCAGCUCCCCCACCUCCCCCCGACCCGCAAGGAAUAUUUGAACUCCGAUCCUUUCUUGGAGUUCUCGUCCCACCCCUCGUCUCACCCCUCUUUCCCACCUCUCCCCUUGCUCGGUCACCUGGACCCCUCCCUUGCACGCCACGCACAUGGAGGCCGAGAGAGGGAGAGGGGGAUGAGGGGGGAUGGGGGGAUGAGAGGAGGGAUGGACGGAGGAGAGCUCUACCUGACCGCUGGGGGAGUAUACACCCAGGAGGGCUUGUCUCCCUGCCAUCUGAAGAAAGCCAAGCUCAUGUUCUUCUACGCACGCUAUCCCAGCUCCAAUACACUCAAGACUUACUUCCCUGAUGUCAAGUUUAACCGCUGUGUGACCUCCCAGAUGAUUAAAUGGUUCAGUAACUUCAGAGAGUUCUUCUACAUCCAGAUGGAGCGCUUUGCACGACAGGCUGUCCGCGAGGCUCUCACCCGGGAAGGUGCACCUCGUCUGGGCAGAGAGAGUCAGCUGCGAGUGGGCCGUGACACAGAGCUUUACCGCAUACUGAACAUGCACUACAAUAAAAGUAACGUCUACCAGGUCCCAGAGAGGUUUAUCGAGGUAUCAGAGGUGGCUCUGAGGGAGUUUUACUCAGCCAUUUGGACUGGGAGAGACAGCGACCCCUGCUGGAAGAAAGGGAUAUAUAAAAUAAUCUGUAAACUUGACAGUCCUGUACCAGAUGCCUUCAGACUGCCUGGUUGUCCUGUUGGCUGAUGAUCGGAAACUGCUUUCAUCUGGUACAUGAAUACAAAUGCACAAAUGCAUGCAUAAAAACAUAACCUUACUGAAAGUGGGGAAUUUUAUUAAAGCAUUCACAAACUGUAUAAUACCACACGGUGAGGACUGAACGUGUGAGAAAAUCCAUUCAAUUCUACAGUUCGGUUCAUUCAUAAUUCAUUCAUUUUGGAAAAAAGAUAUUAUCAUUUAAGAUGAUAAAAAGGAUUUUGCCUGACAUCGUGUGCAGGGAAAUACAUGUACGUGCUUAAAUAGACAGAGCCACGCUGGGUCAAUACACUCAGUGCUGUGAUAAGAGUCUUGUGACUGCACUUAUCAAGCAAGGCAACCAUACCAUUGAAUUAAAAUGGACAUAACAGGAAUUUCAAAACAUUCUUCACCAGUCAGUUGAGCAGGCAUGCAAAUGUGCGUAGCUGCUGCGUGGUGUGUUACCAUGAGAUGGCUACUAUUUUAGAUUGGUCGUCAGAUGAAUAUAUAGUAUGCAGCCCCCUGGCAGCCCCUUGUAUAUUAUUGCAAUCCACAAAAAAGCAUCAUUCUAGACAUCAAAUGUAGUACUGACAACUGUUUACCAAGCAUGGGCACUGUACAAAUUCAUGUUUCAAAUACUUUCAGACAAAGAGUCCACAACCUGAGUACAUACCAGGUUUCUCAGAUUAGGUUCCCCAGCUUCCUGAUUACUAGUUUUAGAGAACGUAAUCGUUAGCAAUCUUGCACAAACAGCACCUCACUAUCACACACCCAAACAUUUCAGUGCUGCUGUCCCUCAGGGGUGUUCACAGUUUUACAGUAGAGACUCGUUAAAACAUCAAAUAUGAUUGUUGUUUGCUAGAAAUAAACUGUUAUUGUUGCCUUGUGCGUGGGUGUCUGAAGUGUGUGAGUGUCAGAAGUACCUUUUUUGUUCAGUGUGCCCCACAGCUUUUCCAUUUUAGAUACAGAUAUUUUACCAUGGCUGUGUGUGGAUGCUUUCCUUUUUUAUCCUGCUCCAACAACACCAGGCUGUCGUGUUUGCUUCAUCUGAAGGUGGUUUUUGUUUCCACUAGAGAAAUCAGGCUUUGUUUAAAGAAAAGGACCAAAUGUAAUUAUUAUUACAUUAUAUAUUGAAACUCUUAAUUUUAAGAUUAAAAAAAUAAAAGUUGCCCUUGUUUUUUGGGAACUGCCAGCAGUGGUUUCAGUGGAUUUAUUUUGCGUGUAUAUCCAUCUCUUUGUUUAAUAUUAAAUUAUUACAGAGCUUUUGUACAUGAUGGCACAAUGUAAUCAAAAUGUAAUUAAAAUACUGCCAAAAGGGACAAUAUAUUGAAUUCAAAAUAGUAAAAUGAAUGUUUUGUUGUUUCCUUGAUGUAUUCUUACUGUUGAGAUAUUCACUUUUGUUUUUGUAUUCCUUUAAAUGUAUUCUGCUAAAUUAAAUAGGCCGGUUUCACAACUAGUAUAUAAAUCGACAUUUGUUUCCCAAAGGUAUUGCGAAAACUUUCACUCUGUUUGCUGUAUAUCAUGAAACUUGGGUUUCUGUUCAUUAAAACGUUGCUCGACUGCUCCAGAUUGAGGCCUCCUCUGGCUUAAUCACCACUCUGUGAGGCCCGAGCCCAUAUGUAAACUAUUUGUGACGUGUUUGUUUUCAAGUGCAUGUUUUCCUAUAUCUACAUUACAUUUUUAAACUGUAAUCUCUUAUGUUUCUCUCAUUGCUUUUAUUGGUCUCUCUUUUAUAUUAUACUCUUUUAUAUAGUACAUAUUGUAUGCUUUUAGAUCUGUGCCUCAUUCAAACUUUGGUGAAUUUUGAUGUUUAAACUUAUCAGUGAAUUAAAGUGAUACCAGGCUUGU